AUGAAGGAAAUUGUUGGAGGAUAUGAAAACAUUGGUGCAUCUAAGGAAUAUUUCAAAAAAUUUCAUAGAGAUUUAAAAGCAUACAUUCAAGGAAGCGAUACUCAAAUGUUCGUGGAUAACUUUACCAAUAAAAAGCUAAUGUGGAGCGCUUUUUUCUUUGAUUUUGAGAUGGAUGAAUAUUAUUGCCUUUGUAGAGCAUUGUGGGCAGACCCCCUUUGUAAAAAGAGUUAUGCUCUAUUUGGUGAUAUGGUAUCCUUUGAUACCACAUACCAAACCAAUAGGUACAACAUGGUGUUUACUCCAUUUACAGGCGUUGACCAUCAUAAGAAUUGCAUUAAUUUUGCUGCUGGUUUCAUAGCAAAGGAAGAUAUCGUGUCAUUUGAAUGGCUGUUCAGAUCAUUCCUCAAGGAAAUGGGUGGGAAUGAACCUAAUUGUAUGAUCACAGAUCAGGAUCCAGCAAUGAAAAUUGCUAUUAGAAGUGUGUUUAAGAAGACUGAACAUCGGUUCUGUAUGUGGCACAUAAUGAAAAAGUUACCAGAUAAGGUGGAGAAAUCAAUCAUGCAAGAAGAAACUGGUUUCCUAAAAAAAUUAUGUGCUUGCGUUUGGCACCUUGAAAUUGAACCUGCCGAGUUUGAAGAAAGGUGGAACAAGGUGAUGAUUGAAUACCACUUGGAACAACAUGAGUGGUUAGGUUAUAUGUACAAGAUAAGAGACAAGUGGAUUCCGGCCUAUUUCAGAGAUGUGUUCCUUGGAGGAAUAAUGCGUACAACAUCAAGAUCCGAAAGUGAAAACAACUUUUUCUGCUCCUUUAUCAAUCCUCAUGUGUCAUUUGUUGAGUUUUACUUGAGAUAUGAAGCUGCAAUUGAUUCCUAG